AUGUCAGCAUCGCACGUCUCGGCCUUUGACGUCUUCCCACUCCUGGCGGUUACGCGUGUAAGAGUCGUCCUAGAUGCUGGCUUCUACGCUCGUGUUCUGAAUGUCUUUGGUGGGAUCAUCGGUGCUGUCCCGAUCGAUAAGUCCGCCGGCGCGUCGACACGGGCGCAGGUCCACGCGGCGGCGGUUGAUACAAAUGGCGCACCGAUGCUGUUCUUCCCUGAGGGAUGGGAUACCAAUGGACGGUGUCUGCUGCGGUUCAAUCGGUUUGUGUUCUCGGUGGGUGUUCCAGUUGUCCCGGUCGCCCUCUCGGCAGCCGUCGUCGGCCUCCCGCUGGUGCCGGGCAUGCUCGGAUCAAACCUAGUUCGCGAGCUGUGCUGGCUCUUUUUUGCGCCGAUGACGAGCUGGACAGUGACUGUCGGAAGUACGCUGGUGCGAGACAACGGUGAGAGCCCCGAGGCCUUUGCACAGCGAGCGCAGCAUGCUGUUGGCAAGCUGAACGGGGCUGUGCCGUCUGGAUGGACCGACCGCGACGCGCUCAAGUUGCGGCGCGGACUCAUGGCCCGGGACUGA